AUGGCUCUCCCAAACCAAAUCAUUGUGGUGGGAGGUGGACUUUCAGGCUUGGCCGCAGCUCAUACCGUUGUAGAACAGGGUGGCAAUGUCUUGUUGCUGGAUAAAAACCCAUUUUUCGGAGGCAAUUCAACAAAAGCAACAUCAGGUAUCAACGGCGCCUUGACGCGUACUCAAAUAGCUGCUGGUAUCAAAGAUUCAGUGGAGCAAUUUUAUGAAGACACCAUCAAAUCGGCGCGUGACCUUGCACGGCCUGAUCUCAUCUCGGUACUGACUGGACACUCGGCUUCAGCGGUCCAUUGGCUUCAAGAGCAAUUCAAACUGGACCUCUCACUUGUGUCCCGCUUAGGUGGCCACUCCAUGCCGCGCACCCACCGUGGCAAAGAGCAAUUCCCCGGUAUGACAAUUACAUAUGCGUUGAUGGAAGAACUGGAGGAUUUAGCAAAAAAGCAGCCUUCGCGCGUAAGAAUCAUCAAGAAAGCACGCGUUGAACACUUGAUCCAAGGCGGCAAGGGUGACAUUGUAGGCGUCGAAUAUCGUUUGGUAGGCAAGGGUAAAAAGCUGGAGGAUAAAGUACACAAGGAAUACGGUCCGGUGAUCCUUGCUACAGGAGGUUACGCUGCUGACUUCGGAUCCAAUUCCUUGCUCCAAAAGUAUCGACCGGAAUUUUUUGAUCUGUCCACAACCAACGGCGAUCACUGCACGGGGGACGGUAUCAAAAUGGCGGAUGCUAUAGGUGCCAAUACCAUCGACCUCGAAAAGGUUCAGGUGCAUCCCACAGGCUUGGUUGAUCCGGAAGAUCCGGACAGCAAGGUCAAGUUCCUAGCGGCCGAAGCACUACGUGGCUGCGGCGGCCUACUUUUGAAUGCAGACGGUGAGCGAUUUUGCGAUGAACUAGGGCAUCGCGAUUAUGUUACAGGUGAGAUGUGGAAGACCAAAUUUCCAAUCCGUCUGGUCCUUGGUACAGCCGCAUCAAAAGAAAUCGAAUGGCAUUGUCGCCAUUAUGCUGGCCGUGGUCUCAUGAAAAAAUUCGAAAAUGGUGAAGCUCUGGCCAAAGAAAUGGGUAUUCCUGCAGCCAAGUUGAAAGAGACAUUCGAGACACACAAACGCAUUGCCGAAGGCAAGAUGAAAGAUCCUUGGGGUAAGCGCUUCUUUUCCAACGUGCCAACGAUGAGCGAUCAAUUCUACGUGGCAUUGAUGCAACCUGUUUUGCACUACACAAUGGGCGGUGUUGAAAUCAACACCGAGGCUGAGAUCAAGGGAAGAGACGGCAAGCCAAUUCGUGGAUUAUUUGCAGCAGGGGAAAUGUGUGGUGGUGUUCAUGGCGCCAACCGUCUUGGUGGUUCCUCGCUACUUGGGUGUGUCGUCUUUGGUCGCGUCGCUGGUCGCUCAGCUUCGCGUUACCAAUUUCAGCACCUCUUGGCCGGUCAGUCGAAUGGUGCCACUGUAGGAGAACAGCUAACGCAAAAAGAUCCCAAUCGAGUAUCACUGGAAAUUGCAUGGCCUGGUGCCAAUGCGCGUUCGGAUCAACAAGAACCCACUGCUGCCUCCACUGCUGCCUCCACUCAUCCUGCUGGCAACGGACAAACGAGCGCGAAUACAGAAGCCCCGAAAGAAAAAGAAGGAGAAAGAAAGCCGCAAACCUACGGAAAGGACGAAGUGGCCAAACAUAACAAAGCGGAUGACUGCUGGGUCGUGGUGAACGGAAAAGUUUUGGACGUGACGAAUUUUUUGGAUGAACAUCCUGGUGGGAAAAAAGCCAUUCUUCUCUACGCGGGUCGGGAUGCUUCAGAGGAAUUCAACAUGUUGCAUAAACCAGAUGUCGUGGAGAAAUAUGCGCCAGAAUCUAUUAUUGGCACUUAUAAAAAAGAAUAAUGAAAAUGCGAUUUUUUUUUCUUGGUUGUGAAAAUAAAUAAUGCUUUGUUUCUACAACUUCAAAAAGGGAAUAUAAAAUGCUGACAUAUAUAAUACACGGUAAACCAAACGAA